UUCUCGGCAAGUGCACCAAUGCAUCCUCCCGUACAUCAGCAUCCUUCUUCAUAUACCUCAGCAAAUGGCGGUGGAUAUUCAGCAAAGCCAGAGACGCCGACCGCCGACUCGCGACUACCUGGGUAAUGAGACUUUGUUGGAUGAUCACUAAUUUUAGCGAGGGAGAAUGAAAGAAGCUAACAUCAACAACGCCAAUCACGUCCAUAGUGUUCCUCCUCCCCGCCUCAGCCCCAUUAGUGCCGAUGCCACGUCGCCAACAAGACCUCCAUCCAACGGUCCCUAUGCUACCUCCCCUCCGUUCCAUGGCGCCGCAUACAUGCCUCCCGCUGUCCCUAGAAAGCGUGGCCGAAGCGACUCACUCUUUCCUCCCGAGACAGGCCCAUUCUUCAGCUCUACAAAGCCAUUCGACAAUCUGUUUGCGCUUGAUAGAACCACCCUGUUGACGCUUCGAAUCCAAUCAAAGAUGGACCGAGGAUUCUUCCUUGCGGACAAUGACUGGACGUGCUAUCGACGCAACUAUUUCCAAGUCAGUAGUGCAUUUUCUAUCCAUGGGAUCAACCACUACUACACCGAACACGAACCGCCGUGCCUUGUCCGUGCGGACGAUGGCAUGUUUUAUCCCGUGCGUCGCUUCUUGCUGGGCGUCUCUGCACGUGUCUCUAAUAGCGACAAGCGGAUCGAACUCGUUCAGCACACGCCCAAGCGUGACAAGGGCCCUCAAAUGACCCCGCAGCCAAAGCCAAUCACGCCCGGCGGAAAUCUCAGCAUGAGCUCAGUCGGAACGAACCAGAACAUUGUUACCUUUGAGCGCAUCCAGUUCAAGACGGCCACCGCCAACAAUGGCAAACGACGUGCCGCACAGCAGUACUACGUCUGUGUCACUGAUCUCUUUGCCGAAACGGAUCAAGGCGAGCCGAUCAAAAUCGCGUCCUGCCAGUCUGCGCCUCUCGUCGUGCGUGGUCGUAGUCCCGGCCACUACACCGACAGCCAGGAGCGCCCAGGCAUGUUGGGGCCAAACGCUGCCGCUCCUCCGCCACCGCCCACCCCGACACAGUCACCUCACCACCAUCAUCCACCUCCCUCGGCAGCAGCUCCUGACCACGGUGCAGCAGCAGCAGCAGCAGCAGCAGCAGCAUUCCCAAGACCGCCGUACACGCCACCCAACAUGAUGCCAAAUGAUUACGGAUCGCCAUCGUAUCCGUAUUAUCCUACGCAUUUCGGCCCUGUACCGCCUACAAUGAUGAUGAGCCAUCCACCCACGCCUUCGUCGUCUUCAUCGGCAGCGCCUCCACCGCCUCCCACGCCAAGCUACCACGGCAAUGGACAUCAUCAUCAUCAGCAUCAUCAUCAUCCUCCUCCUCCGCAUCAGCAUCACCACCACCAUCAUCCUCCGCCACCUCCGCCACCUCCAUCGCAUCAACCUCCAUACAUGAUGUCCACAGGCUCGCCACAGUCGCCGACGCCACAGAUGUACAACGGUGGCGAGUUUGCAGCUCCACCGCCACCCCAUCCUCAGACGCCUGUGCAUGAAGAGCACAAGCUCGCUCAUCCACCCACGCCUAAUAACGGCUAUGUGCCCACAAUGGAUCCUGCGGCUGCAGCCGCCGCUGUGGAUUGGUCGGGCACUCGCUCGCGAUUGAACUCGACUGGAUCGGUACCGCAACAAUCGCCCCAUCCCCAUCAUCAACAGCAGCAGUCGUAUUUCGCAGCAGCAGCUGCUGCUCAGGGCACACCCACGUUGUCUUCCAACGCAUCCCAAACAAGCGCAUUCUCGCCCACGACGCCAACCACGCCCUAUGUGGGUGCACGCAAGUACAAUGCGGUGACCAACAUUUGUAAUCAGCAAGCUACAUCAUAGAUCAGAUAAUAAUAUUUAUACAAUCCCCGCUCUUUCUAUUCUAUCUCUCUUCUCUCCAACUACUCUCUUUGUCUCCUAUACUUCGCCUAAAGAAAAGCCAU